CUGCCGGGUAGCGGCGGCAGGGACAGGGUCAAGAUGGCGGCGGUGAGCGGCCUGUCAGGACCGGAGUUGCUGGAGGACGCGGCGCACGCCCGGGCCUUACUCCGGGAGCUUAAAUCCUUCUAUGACGCCCGGCUGCUGGUGGAUGUGACCUUGGAGGUGGAGAGCGGCAGCCGCUUCCUGUGUAACCGCAAUGUCCUGGCCGCCGCCAGCCCGUAUUUCAGGAGCAUGUUCACCGGCGGCCUGUUCGAGAGUAAACAGCAGAGAAUCACCAUCCACGAGGUGGACUCGGACUCCAUGGCCCUGAUCAUUGAUUACUGCUACACCGGCCGGGUCACCGUCUCCGAGGCCAGCGUCCAGAAACUCUACGUCGCCGCCAACAUGCUGCAGCUCGAGUAUGUCCGGCAGGCGUGCGCCGCCUUCAUGGCCCGCAGGCUGGACCUCUACAAUUGCACCGGCAUCUUCAAGUUUGCAGAUGCCUUUGAUAAUGUGGAACUGAAAGAGAAGGCACGUGCUUUCAUUGCACGCAACUUGCAACAUCUAUGCAGGAUGGAGGAAUUGUGUGAGCUGUCACCUGAGCAGAUAAAAGAAAUCCUCAGUUUGGACACGCUGGAUGUGGACAACGAGAGGAAAGUGUGUAUGGCUGCAAUUCAGUGGAUUAAAGCAAAUUCCAGUGAACGUGCUGCACAUGCAGUGGAUGUACUUAAGUGUGUCCGGUGGCAUCAUUUCACUGAGAAGGACAGAAUGUACCUUGAUGAUCUUAAAUCUCAGCUCUUUAUCAAAAACAAGCCUCUCUGCUCCAUCAUAGAAGACAUUUCUGCAUCCCAGGGGGCUGAUGUGCCCAUGACGAUACAAAACUCUUCCAAGAGGAUUGGAUUCAGUGCUAAGGAAAUGGUUAUAUUCUUUGGCCAUCGGAAGGAACCUUUCCUCUGUUAUGAUCCCUACUCUGGUGACAUUUAUACAAUGGCUUCACCUUUGACUAGUCCUGCACUUACCAAGUCCAUCAGUUCACUGGCUGUUUGUGUUUCACCAGACAACGAUGUCUUUUUGGCAGCACAGCCGACCAAGCAGCUUUGGGUGUACAAUGCAGUUCAGAACAGCUGGCAACAACUGGCCGAGCGGCUGCUGGCAAGAGAGAGGAUGGAUGUUGCUUAUCUCAAUGGAUAUAUUUACAUCCUUGGUGGUCGUGAUCCAUCUACAGGCCUGAAAAUUAAGGAGGUUGAGUGUUACAGUAUUCAGAGAAAUCAGUGGAUAUUUGUGACACCCCUGCCUCAUGCAUUGCACUUGUUUGAACUGAUCACAGUUGGAGACUGUUUGUACGCUGUUAAUAACAAGAGAAUGUUGUGCUAUGUGCCAGAAAGGAAUCAGUGGCUGAACUGUGCCUCUCUCAAACGGAGCGAGUUCCAGGAGGCGUGUGUUUUCAAUGAUGAAAUCUAUUGCAUAUGUGACAUUCCAGUUAUCAAGGUUUAUAACCCCUCCAAGGGAGAAUGGCGAAGGAUUAGCGAUAUCCCGAUUGACGCCAACAUCCACAACUUUCAAAUUGUGUGUCACGGGAAUAAACUGCUUCUCAUCACCACCACUGUUCCACAGUGGAAGAAGAACAGGGUGACAGUUCAUCAGUAUGAUACAACUGGGGAUCAGUGGGUCAAUGUUGGUACCAUGUUGGGACUGCUGCACUAUGACAGUGACUUCAUAUGUCUUUCAGCACGUCUAUAUCCUUCGUGCCUGGAGCCGGGCCAAAGUUUUAUUAGUGAGGAGGAUGAUGUGCGCAGUGAGUCGAGUGCAGACUGGGAUUUCGAAGGCUCCAGUGAUAUUGACUCUGAGUCGGGGAGCUCGAGUUCAUUUUCAGAUGAUGACUGGCAGCCACCAGAAGGUCUCCGAGUUGAAAGAAUACAGCGAAAUGGCCACUUGGCACCAGCAGAGAACAGAGUGUCUCAUAUCAAUGGCCAAUUGGGAAACUCACGAGCGCCGUCUUAAAUGGCCAUUAAUGAGACGAAUCAAAAGUCAUAAAAGAAAACUAGUAUUUUUUUUCUGAUUGUUGCAGAUAUGGUAGUUUUGGACAAAUAUAGACAGUUAUAUUUUGCAGUAUGUGUUAAAGUCUUUGGAGGAACUGAAAAAAAUAAAAGUUGCUUUGAAAAUAUCUUUCCCCUCAUUGGCAGAUAUACUUUUUUUUUCUGUUCUAUCCUUCUGCACGUAGGCCUCACUUUUUAAAGAAAUGAUUAGGGUAGUUUAAAUAGAUUCAGUAUUCUUCUUAGCAACAGUGGAGAGUUCAGUCUUUUAGCUGCUAUACUGCUUCGUGAAAUCUUUAAAAAAAAACUCAGAAGAUAUAUUGUAGUUUGGAAGUUGCUGAAGUGAUGGUAAUUAAAUAGGCAAUUUCAACUGGCUGAUUUGAAGAGACAGAGUGACAUUGUUCUGCACUCGCCUACAGGAACUGCCAGCUCUGGCUUAUUGAAGGAGAACUUUUUAUUUCUGAGAGCACGAAGAAAUCCAAAGUUUUAUCCUGCAAGUUUCCUCUGGUUUAUUUGCCAUCUCUUUAAUGAGGUUAAGUAACUUGGCAGCUUCAUGAUGGUGCAUAUUGGAAGAAAGCAGACUUGGUGGGUUGAGUAGUUGUGUUUCAUAUACCCUAACGUCAAUGUGAAUUCUUCUGUAAAGCUGGUCGUUAAAACUUUGGUAGUGUUCACAUGCUUGAGAAAUUUAUCACAUUUGAAAAUCUUUUCGUGUAUUUCUGUAUAAAUUUAUCUAUUUGUUUUAUUUUGUUUUGCUGCAAGUAACAAUGUAAAUGAUGGCCAGUGAUAAUGGUGCUGGUCCUUCUAAGCCGGGCUGCAUGAAGUACAACAAAAGAUAAAGUUCUAAGUAAUGAAAUGUGGAUAAUCAGGGCACAGGAGAAGCCUGUUGUGUCACUAUUUGUUUUUCACAAGGACACUUCAGAAUUAAUCCCCCCCCCCGCUGCUGACUCUCUCAGGUCUGCACUGUCCUCUGAGAUAACCCUUUGAUCUUUGAAGCUUAUCACAUGUAAUUUAAUUUCUGCUAACUUUCCUGGACCAUUUGAAAUUUUAAAAAUUUCUGAAAUUGAUGGAAGAACAAAGAACAGCGAUAUCAGUUGCUAGACAUUUUUUAAAAAAUGUUUUAGAACUCUUCAGUUAGCUUCUGGGUGACAUUCUGUGAGGCUGGUCACCAAAAGUAGGGAUUUCUCCAGUCACUACAUUCUGUGCCAUUGGAAAAAAAAGCUUCAAAAAUUUGUGUGGGAUUGAAACUGAAUUGAUACCUCCCUUCUUUUGAAUAAAAGAACUGACGAGGCCACGUCCAUGCUUUAAAAAGAAAGUUGAAUUCUAUGGUAAUUUGAAUUAAAUAGCUGAAUCAA